ACUGCAUUCCAGAACUACUAUCUUCUCUUAGCUCAGUGCUCUCUCUCUCUCUCUCUCUCUCUCUCUCUCUCUAUUGCCACCAAACCUCUCAAAAUUUUCUCCAAUGGAAGCCAAAGACUACACUCAAGAUGGCACUGUUGAUCUUCAUGGCCACCCCGUCCUGGCUUCGAAAACUGGCAAAUGGAAAGCUUGUGCUUUCCUUGUUGGCUAUGAAGCAUUUGAGAGGAUGGCCUUCUAUGGAAUAGCUUCGAAUUUAGUGGUUUACUUGACGACCCGACUUCAUGAAGACACAGUCUCAUCUGUGAGAAAUGUGAAUAACUGGUCAGGAUGGGUGUGGCUGACGCCAAUCCUAGGCGCCUAUAUAUCAGAUUCUUACCUUGGUCGCUUUUGGACCUUCACAUUGUCAUCUCUCAUUUAUGUCAUGGGAAUGAUACUUCUGACAAUGGCAGUAUCAAUCAAAUUCUGGAAGCCAGCAUGUGCAAAUGGAGUUUGCGAUAAGGCCUCUCCUUCACAAACUGCAUUCUUCUACUCCGCUCUCUACAUCAUAGCAGUUGGGGCUGGUGGAACCAAGCCGAACAUCUCCACCUUUGGCGCAGACCAGUUUGAUGAUUACAACCCCCAUGAGAAAACUCUCAAAGCCUCCUUCUUCAACUGGUGGAUGUUCAGCUCGUUCAUCGGUGCACUCAUGGCCACCCUUGCCCUUGUCUACAUUCAAGAGAAUUUGGGGUGGGGAUUAGGGUACGGUAUCCCAACAGUUGGCCUUAUAUUAUCUCUCCUCAUAUUCUACUUUGGGACGCCAACUUACAGGCACAAAGUUAGGAAGACUAGGAGCCCUGCUGGGGACCUACUUAAAGUCGCUACUGCUGCAUUUGCCAACAGAAAACUCAGUGUCCCUAGCCACUCGUCUGAGCUUCAUGAGUUCGAGUGGCAACACUAUAUUGAUACCGGAAAACGCCAAGUCCACCACACUCCAAUUUUCAAAUUCCUAGACAAGGCUGCAAUCAAGGAAGGCAGCCCUAGUAGUGCCUCCAAAACUCCAUGCACAGUGACUCAAGUGGAAGGAGCCAAGCUUGUUCUGGGCAUGCUCCUGAUAUGGCUAGUGACCCUAAUCCCCAGCACCAUUUGGGCACAAAUCAACACCCUCUUUGUCAAGCAGGGCACCACCUUGGACAGCCGCCUCGGUACCACCUUCAAAAUCCCCGCCGCCUCCCUCAGCAGCUUCGUCACUCUCUCCAUGCUCCUCUCUGUACCCAUGUACGACCGCUACUUUGUGCCGUUCAUGCGUAAAAAGACCGGAAACCCCAGAGGCAUCACACUCCUACAAAGGCUAGGAAUUGGAUUUGUCAUCCAAAUCAUAGCCAUUGCAGUUGCCUAUGCUGUGGAAAUAAAGCGCAUGAAUGUGUUAAGAGUGAACGAAACCGGGCCUAAAGACAUCGUCCCCAUGAGCAUAUUUUGGCUACUGCCACAAUAUGUUUUACUUGGGAUAGCUGAUGUAUUUAAUUGUAUUGGAUUGCUGGAGUUUUUCUACGACCAGUCCCCAGAAGAUAUGCAAAGCCUCGGGACGACGUUUUUCACUAGCGGGAUUGGUGUUGGGAAUUUUUUGAACAGUUUUUUGGUGACAGUGGUGAAUGAAACUACGGGGAGGGGAGGGAGUAAAAGUUGGAUUGGAAGGAACUUGAAUGACUCUCACUUGGAUUACUACUAUGGGUUUCUGCUGGUCCUGUCUGCACUCAAUUUAGGGGCAUUUUUGUGGGCAUCAAGUGUGUAUGUGUACAAGAGAGAAUCUACACAAGUGAAGGAGGGGUAUGUUCAAAUGGAAGGCAAAACCAUAGACAUAUCUCCCUUGGGAUUACAAGUAUGAGAAAGUUGGGACAUACCCGGAAAAGUAGCUUGAAAAUUUCCAGAAAAUAAGCGUAUGGUGUAGAAUCUAUUGGCAGAUUGAGGAGUCGCCUAAAUGAAUCUAGUGAAUCUAGUCCACACGCUAUGUUUCUAGGAAUUUCAGAAUACUUCUUCCAGGUAUAAAGUUCAUGAUGAAAAGAUUUAUGCAUUAAUGCAUGAGAUAGGCGGUAUGAUGUUCAGUGUAACAAUUCGAUCUUUCUAAUAUGAUCGAAGAAAACGAUAUUUAUAAUUGUAAUAAUUUGGAAAGUUCCAAUUGUGUGUAGUGUGUGUAGUAUGUAAUCACAACUCUGUGAUGGGUGCUAUUCCCAUUUACGACAUCUAUGUCGAUAGAGUUGGAUGUAAUUCAUCGCAGAGAUAUUAGUAUUGUGUUUUAGUUUC